AUGGAAGAGACAGAAGAGUCCAGUGGUAACAGGAAAUGCACCACCAUGACUAAGACUUUCAGAGGAAGGACCAACACCAAUAAGCAUCAUUAUCAAUAUCACCAGUAUCAGCAUCAGCUCUUGCAAUACUCAAAUCAAUUUGGUUUCUUUAACCAAUACCAGUACCCAGGUUACUACCCGGCUCUUCUUCCUCUACCUCCACCAAUACCUUUCCAACUUGCUGUAGCUCCACCUCUUCCUCAAAACCACAGCUUUAUAUCAAAAACCCAAUUGCAGAAACCUUUAUGUAAGCUACACAGCCCUCUUCCUCCUCCCUCCCAUCCUCCUACCUCCUCUGAUACCAAAGGCCCAGCUGUUACAACCUCACCAGCUUUUGAGGGGCUUCAACAACAGAAGAGUCGGCCCCUUAAAGGAGAUGGUGGAAGGAAAGUCAUGAGUGCCACAACACAAUCACUAGUGGUUGCACGGAGACCAGAUUCUGGUGGUGUAGAAGGGCCAGUUAUUACUCUCCUUGCCAACCAUUUCCUUGUUCAAUUCGACUCCUCGCAGCAAAUUUUCCAUUACAAUGUCGAAAUUUCUCCUAAUCCUUCCAGGGAAGUUGCCCGGAUGAUCAAACAAAAACUGGUAAAGGAAAAUUCAGCUGUGCUCUCUGGUGCUCUUCCAGCCUAUGAUGGCCGAAAAAAUCUUUACAGCCCUGUUGAAUUCCAAAAGAAUAGGCUUGAGUUCUAUGUUAGCCUCCCAAUCCCAACUAGCAAGUCAUCAUUGCCUUCUGGAGAAUUUAAUUUCUUGCAAGAGAAGCAUCAACAGCUCAAACUAUUUCGAAUAAAUGUCAAGCUUGUUUCGAAGUUGGAUGGAAAGGAAUUGAGUCGCUACUUGAGCAAGGAAGGGGAUGAUUGGAUCCCUCUUCCUCAGGACUAUCUGCACGCUUUGGAUGUUGUUUUGAGAGAGAGCCCAGUGGAGAGAUGCAUACCUGUGGGAAGAUCCCUGUAUUCUAGUUCAAUGGGGGGAACUAAAGAAAUAGGAGGUGGAGCUGUUGCAUUGAGAGGAUUCUUUCAAAGUCUCAGGCCAACUCAACAAGGACUAGCACUCAAUGUGGAUUUCUCUGUGACUGCUUUUCAUGAAAGUAUUGGAGUAAUUUCCUACCUGCAAAAACGUCUUGAGUUUCUUCGGGACCUUCCUCAAAGGAAAACAAGAAGUUUGGUUGGGGAAGAAAGGAAAGAAGUGGAGAAGGCUUUAAAGAACAUCAGAAUCUUUGUUUGCCACAGAGAAACUGUUCAGAGAUACCGGGUUUGUGGCUUAACUGAAGGAGCUACAGAAAAUCUUUGGUUUGCUGACAGGGAUGGGAAAAAUCUGAGGUUGCUGAAUUACUUCAAGGAUCACUACAAUUAUGAUAUACAAUUCAGAAAUUUACCGUGCUUGCAGAUUAGUAGGAGCAAGCCAUGUUAUCUUCCUAUGGAACUCUGUAUGAUUUGUGAAGGCCAGAAGUUUCUUGGGAAGCUGUCUGAUGAUCAGACUGCAAGAAUACUUAAGAUGGGCUGCCAAAGACCAAAAGAACGAAAAUCCAUCAUAGAUGGAGUCAUGCGAGGAUCUGUUGGCCCAACAAGUGGCAACCAGGGAAGAGAAUUCAAACUCCAUAUUUCAAGAGAAAUGACACGAUUGAGUGGCAGAAUUCUUCAACCUCCGAAACUGAGACUUGGUGAUGGUGGCCAUGUACGAGAUCUUAUUCCUUCUCGCCAUGAUCGCCAGUGGAACUUUCUGGAUAGCCAUGUCUUUGAGGGAACUAGAAUCCACAGGUGGGCACUGGUAAGUUUUGGAGGCACACUUGAUCAGAAGUCCAACAUUCCAAAAUUCACGAACCAGCUAUCUCAAAGGUGUGAACAAUUAGGCAUCUUCCUUAACAAGAACACAAUAAUUAGCCCUCAAUAUGAGCCAACUCAAGUGCUAAACAAUGUCUCCCUUCUGGAAUCAAAACUCAAGAAGAUCUACAGUGCCGCAUCAAACAAUCUCCAGCUGCUUAUAUGUGUAAUGGAGAAGAAACACAAAGGGUACGCAGAUUUGAAGCGAAUAGCAGAGACAAAUGUUGGUGUCGUAACCCAGUGCUGCUUGUAUCCAAAUCUUGGCAAGUUGAGCUCCCAAUUUCUGGCUAAUUUGGCUCUCAAGAUCAAUGCCAAAGUUGGCGGGUGCACCGUUGCUUUGUAUAAUUCGUUACACUCUCAGAUUCCUCGCCUUCUUCGUUCCAAUGAACCUGUGAUCUUCAUGGGAGCUGAUGUGACUCAUCCUCACCCGCUCGACGAUGUCAGUCCAUCUGUUGCUGCUGUGGUUGGUAGCAUGAACUGGCCUGCUGCAAACAAGUACGUCUCAAGAAUGAGGUCGCAAACACAUCGACAAGAAAUCAUCCAGGACCUUGGUGCAAUGGUGAAAGAAUUACUAGACGACUUUUACCAAGAAUUGAAUGAACUUCCCAAAAGAAUUAUAUUCUUUAGGGACGGAGUAAGCGAAACCCAAUUUUAUAAGGUCCUUAAAGAGGAGUUGCAAGCCAUCAGAGAAGCUUGUUCUAGAUUCCCUGGAUAUAGACCUCCCAUUACUUUUGCAGUAGUCCAGAAGAGACAUCACACAAGGUUGUUUCCUGAUGAGACUGAUCCAUCUUCAACUCAGAACCAAUUUUCUGACGAAAAUAUACCCCCUGGGACUGUUGUGGACACUGUGAUUACGCAUCCAAGGGAAUUUGAUUUCUAUCUGUGCAGCCAUUGGGGAGUGAAAGGUACAAGCAGGCCAACACAUUACCAUGUCCUGUGGGAUGAGAACCAAUUCACUUCUGAUGAACUACAGAAGUUGGUUUACAAUCUGUGCUACACAUUUGUAAGGUGCACCAAACCAGUUUCUUUGGUGCCUCCUGCUUACUAUGCUCACUUGGCUGCAUAUAGAGGCAGACUUUACCUUGAGCGAUCAGAGUGCAUGGCUUCCAUGAGAAAUGCUUCUACAAUCUCAAGAGCCGCCCCGCCAAAGGCAGCUCCUCUACCAAGGCUCAGUGAAAAUGUAAAGAAGUUAAUGUUUUACUGCUGA